GCCAUUGGGCUCAGCUCAGCAGCUGCCGGAGGAGAGGCCGGUCAGGAAGGGGGCAAGGAACCCGGGCGGAGUGUGCCUUUGCACAGAGAGCAGACGACGGACCAGCAGGCGGAAGCGCGGUCCUUCCUCAGCGAGGAAAUGAUUGCGGAGUUCAAGGCCGCCUUCGACAUGUUCGACGCGGACGGCGGCGGGGACAUCAGCACCAAGGAGCUGGGCACCGUCAUGCGCAUGCUGGGGCAGACUCCCACCAAGGAGGAGCUGGAUGCCAUCAUUGAGGAGGUGGAUGAAGACGGCAGUGGCACCAUUGACUUCGAAGAGUUCCUGGUCAUGAUGGUGCGGCAGAUGAAGGAGGAUGCCAAGGGCAAGUCGGAGGAGGAGCUGGCAGAGUGCUUCCGCAUCUUCGACAAGAACGCGGAUGGGUACAUCGAUGCCGAAGAGCUGACCGAGAUUUUCCGAGCCUCUGGGGAGAGCGUGACUGAGGAGGAGAUUGAGGAGCUCAUGAAAGACGGGGACAAAAACAAUGACGGACGCAUCGACUUUGAUGAGUUCCUGAAGAUGAUGGAAGGUGUGCAGUAAAGGACCGACAUUCCUGCAAGCCAGGCCCUGCUCCAUCUCCGCACAGCCAAGCCAAGCCUACUCUGGGAGCAGCCUCCAGCCAGAGCACCUGGUCUCCCCUGCGCUGUGAAGCGCUCGCUUUGUACAGUUCCACUGCUCCCUGAGACUGGCUCCCUUGUGGCCGUGCCCCGGGGCUGGUGGGCUGUGGACUCACCUCUCACAUGGCUGGAAAGAGCCUUUCCCCCGUCUGUAAACGCUGUGUAUAGUAUU